GCAUCAAGAAGCUCGAGCACAGCCAGGUCUCUACCCCUGUACUUGGGUCCGUAGGGUAAUCUCUGAGAACAAGCAACAACGUAAAUAAGGAGUAAACAAGAACUUGCCCAUUAAGAGGAAGCUGUGGUCAAAAGCUUUUUGUCCCGGAACUUCACUCCCCUCCUCAGCAGGGUGAUUGUUGUCUCUUCUCCCGGCUGCACCGACUUCGCGGUUUCAUUCUGCUUUCCAGAUGCUCUGGUCGAGGAUGGGGGCCUCUUCUCCGAGGAGCCCAGAGUCCCUCCGGCUGCCAGCACCCUCUCUGUCCUUCUGCUCCGGAGGACCGCUCCUCGUAGUUCUGGGGCUGCUCGCGCUGCCGGCGGCAUGGGGUCAAUGCAAGGCCCCAGCACAGUUUCCAUUUGCCAGGCCUACAAAUGUGAUUGACGAGUCUGAGUUUCCCAUCGGGACAGCUCUGAGGUAUGAAUGCCGCCCUGGGUACUUCAGGAUGUCGUUCUCUAUCACCUGCCAGGAAAACCUAGACUGGUCAAGUGCCGAAAACAAGUGUAAACGUAAAUCAUGUGGAACUCCUUCAGAACCCAUCAAUGGCGUGAUGUAUGUAAACACAGAUGUCCGAUUUGGAUCAACUGUUAAUUACACUUGUAAUGAAGGAUACCGACUCCUUGGUCCCUCCUCUAUUUCAUGCAUCUUCUCAGGCAAUACUGUCACCUGGGAUAAUGAGGCACCUAUUUGUGAGAUUAUUCCUUGUAAGCCACCACCAGCAAUCACCAAUGGAGACUUCCUCAGCACCAACAGAGAAUAUUUUCACUACGGGAUGGUUGUGACCUAUCGCUGCAAUCGGGGAGACGGACGGAAAGAGCAGUUUGAGCUCGUGGGCCAGCCGUCCAUAUAUUGCACGAGCACAGACGAUUACGUUGGCGUCUGGAGCGGCCCUCCCCCUCAGUGUAUUAUACCUAAUAAAUGCACACCUCCAAAUAUUGAAAAUGGAAUGAUGGUGUCUGAGAAGAAAAGCUUGUAUUCCUUACAUGAAGCAGUAAGGUUGAGGUGUCAGCCUGGCUUUGUCAUGAAAGGACCCAGCAGUGUGCGAUGCCAGGCCCAAAACAGAUGGGAGCCAGAGCUGCCCAGCUGCUCCAGGGUAUGUCAGCCCCCUCCAGAAAUCCUGCACGGUAAGCAUACCCCAGGCGACAAGGGCAACUUCUCCCCUGGGCAGGAAGUGAUCUACAGCUGUGAGCCCGGCUACGACAUCAGAGGAGCUGCUUCUCUGCACUGUACGCCCCAGGGUGACUGGAGCCCAGCAGCCCCCAGAUGUGAAGUGAAAUCAUGUGACUACUUCCCGGAUCACUUCCCUAACGGCCGUGUGCUCUCUCCUUCUAAUCUCCAGCUUGGGGCAAAAGUGUCCUUUGUUUGUGAUGAAGGUUUCCGAUUAAAAGGCAGUUCUGUUAGUCACUGUGUCUUGGUUGGAAUGGAAAUCCUUUGGAACAGCAGUGUCCCUGUGUGUGAACAAAUCUUUUGUCCAAGUCCUCCAGCUAUACAUAAUGGAAAACAUACAGGAACAACUCUGGAAGUCUUUCCCUUUGGAAGAGAAGUCACUUACUCAUGUGACCCCCACCCAGACCGAGGGAUGGCCUUCAACCUCGUUGGGGAGAGCACCAUCCGCUGCACAAGCGACAGUCAAGGGAACGGGACGUGGAGCAGCCCUGCCCCUCGCUGUGGACUUCCAGGUCACUGUGACGCCCCAGACCAUAUUCAAUUUGCUAAGCUGAAAAUGCAAACCAAUGCAACUAAGUUUCCCACUGGGACAUCUUUAAAGUAUGAAUGCCUCCCUGGGUACAACAGAAGGUCGUUCUCUAUCAGAUGUCUAGAUAAUUUGGUCUGGUCAAGUGCCGACACCACCUGUAUACGUAAAUCGUGUGGCACUCCUCCAGAACCCGUCAAUGGCAUGGUGAACAUAAACACAGAUGUCCUAUUUGGGUCUACAAUUACUUAUUCUUGUAAUAAAGGAUAUCGACUCAUUGGUUCUUCAUCCGCCGAUUGUGUCAUCUCAGGCAGCACUGUCAUUUGGAACGACGAGGCACCAGUUUGUGAAAUUAUUCCUUGUAAGCCACCCCCAGCCAUCACCAAUGGAGACUUCUUCAGCACCAACAGAGAAUAUUUUCACUACGGGAUGGCAGUGACCUAUCGGUGCAAUCGGGGACACAGACGGAAAGAGCAGUUUGAGCUCGUGGGCCAGCCGUCCAUAUAUUGUACCAGCACAGAUGAUUACGUUGGCGUCUGGAGCGGCCCUCCCCCUCAGUGUAUUAUACCUAAUAAAUGCACACCUCCAAACAUUGAAAAUGGAAUGAUGGUGUCUGAGAAGAAAAGCUUGUUUUCCUUACAUGAAACGGUGAGGCUGAGAUGUCAGCCUGGCUUUGUCAUGAAAGGACCCAGCAGUUUGCGAUGCCAGGCCCAAAACAGAUGGGAGCCAGAGCUGCCCAGCUGCUCCAGGGUGUGUCAGCCCCCUCCAGAAAUCCUGCACGGUAAGCAUACCCCAGGCGACAAGGACAACUUCUCCCCUGGGCAGGAAGUGAUCUACAGCUGUGAGCCCGGCUACGACAUCAGAGGAGCUGCUUCUCUGCACUGUACGCCCCAGGGCGACUGGAGCCCUGCAGCCCCCAGAUGUGAAGUGAAAUCAUGUGAUGACUUCCUGCAGCAACUCCCUAAUGGCCGGGUGCUCUCUCCCCCUCAUCUCCAGCUUGGGGCAAAAGUGUCCUUCAUCUGCAAUGAGGGGUUCCAUUUAAAGGGCAGUUCUGUGAGUCACUGUGUCUCUGUGGGAACAGAAAGCCUUUGGAAUAGCAGUGUUCCAGUGUGUGAACAAAUCUUUUGUCCAAGUCCCCCAGCUAUCCUUAAUGGGAAACACACAGGAAAUCCUCUGGGAGACAUUCCCUAUGGAAAAGAAAUAUCUUACUCAUGUGACCCCCACCCAGACCGAGGGAUGACCUUCAGCCUCAUUGGGGAGAGCACCAUCCGCUGCACAAGCGACAGUCAAGGGAACGGGGUAUGGAGCGGCCCUGCCCCUCGCUGUGAACGAUCUGUUCCUGCUGGUCACUGUAAACCCCCCAAGCAGUUUCCAUUUGCCAAGCCUGCAACCCUGAUAGAUGAGUCUGAGUUUCCAGUUGGGACAGCUUUGGAGUUUGAAUGCCGCCCUGGUUACGUCAGGAGGUUGUUCUCUAUCAUCUGCCAGGAAAACUUGGACUGGUCAAGUGCUGAAAACAUGUGUAAACGAAAGCAAUGCGGAAAUCCCCCAGAGCCCUUCAAUGGCAUGGUGCAUAUAAACACAGAUACCCAGUUUGGAUCAACAGUUAGUUAUACUUGUAAUGAUGGGUAUCGACUCAUUGGUUCUCGAUCUGCUACUUGUCUCAUCUCAGGAAAUAAUGUCAUUUGGGAUAAGGAAGUACCCAUUUGUGAGAGUAUAUCUUGUGAGCCUCCCCCAGCCAUAUCCAAUGGAGACUUCUACAGCAGCAAUGGGAAGCAUUUUCAAUAUGGAACGGUGGUAACUUAUCGGUGCCACAAUGGGCCAAAAGGAGAAAAGCUGUUUGACCUCGAAGGAGCGCAGUCGAUCUAUUGUACCAGCAAAGACAACCAACUUGGCGUGUGGAGCAGUCUUCCUCCUCAGUGUGUUUCUCUUAAUAAAUGCACAACUCCCGAAGUUGAAAAUGGAAUCAGGGUGUCAGGAAAUAGUAGUCCUUUUUUCUUAAAAGAGAUUGUGAAGUUUAGAUGCCAGCCUGGCUUUGUCUUGAAGGGGCCCAGCAGCGUGCAGUGCCAGGCCAACAACACAUGGGUGCCUGAGUUACCAAGCUGCUCCAGGGUGUGUCAGCCCCCUCCAGAAAUCCUGCACGGUAAGCAUACCCCAGGCGACAAGGACAACUUCUCCCCUGGGCAGGAAGUGAUCUACAGCUGUGAGCCCGGCUACGACAUCAGAGGAGCUGCUUCUCUGCACUGUACGCCCCAGGGCGACUGGAGCCCUGCAGUCCCCAGAUGUGAAGUAAAAUCAUGUGAUGACUUCCUGCAGCUACUCCCUAAUGGCCAGGUGCUCUCUCCCCCGAAUCUCCAGCUUGGGGCAAAAGUGUCCUUCAUCUGCAAUGAAGGGUUCCGAUUAAAAGGCACUUCUGCUAGUCACUGUGUCCUGGUUGGAAAGAAAAGCCUUUGGAAUAGCAGUGCUCCUGUCUGUGAACAAAUCUUUUGUCCAAGUCCCCCAGCUAUCCUUAAUGGGAAACACACAGGAAAUCCUCUGGGAGACAUUCCCUAUGGAAAAGAAAUAUCUUAUUCAUGUGACCCCCACCCAGACCGAGGGAUGACCUUCAGCCUCAUUGGGGAGAGCACCAUCCGCUGCACAAGCGACAGUCAAGGGAACGGGGUAUGGAGCGGCCCUGCCCCUCGCUGUGAACGAUCUGUUCCUACUGCCUGCCCACACCCUCCCAAGAUCCCCAAUGGGCACCACCUUGGACGUGCAUCUCCGUAUCUACCUGGGAUGACAGUCAACUACAUCUGUGACCCCGGCUACCUGUUGGUGGGGAAGGCCUUCAUUUUCUGUACAGACCAGGGAAUCUGGAGCCAACUUGAUCAUUAUUGCAAAGAGGUAAAAUGUAGCCUCCCAGAGUUUAUGAACGGAAUCCGGAAAGAGGUGGAGACUUUAAAAGUAUACCACUAUGGAGAAAAUGUUACUUUGGAGUGUGAAGAUGGGUAUACUCUGGAAGGCAGUUCCCAGAGCCAGUGCCAGGAGGAUGACAGAUGGGACCCUCCUCUGGCCAUCUGUAAAUCAUCCUCACGUGUUGCUCUCCUAGUUGGCAUUUUCUCUGGUGUGUUCUUCAUUAUUUUAUCCAUCAUUGGUUGGAUAAUUCUAAAGUAUAAAAAAGGCGUUAAUACAAAUGAAAACCCUAAAGAAGUGAUUAUCCAUUUAAAUCCUCAAGAAGACAGCUGUGUUCACCCUCAAAGUAUGCAAAACAAAUCAGGAAAAUAGCAGGUGAUUAGUUCCUGAUUUCUGGCACCUGCCCCCACCAUGUUUCAGAAGAAGAGACUCAAAGAAAUGUUUAGUAUGUUAAAGAGAAACCUGUAUGUUUUCUGGAAUGAGGCUAUUUUUAUUUAGUUGCUAAAAUCUGAUACUUUUUCUCUGGCAAAAGAAGCAGUGAAUAAAGAUCAUGUUAAUCAUCAAUCUCCUCCUUAUCUCCUCAGUGUCUGAAUUUACACAUACUUUCUUGUGCUCUGCAUAGCAACCACAACAGAGGGCAAUAAACUCUUCUUAUGAACUUAUAAUUCAUGUGUAAUAUUAGCAUCAUGAUUAUCAGUGUGUAAAUUCUGGAUAGCUCCAUUGUUGACCAUGCUGUCAUCUAAACAAAAAUAUCUGGUUACUUCCCUGUCUUUCCUUCACAUCUCGUAUUUAUUGAUGGUUGGAGAGGAGCCAUGUCAUUUCCACAGAAUAAGAGCUGCGAGUCAUAAAACCUUUGAAGUUACUUCACAGAUGCAAACUUGUGCACAGGAAGAUCCUGAAGAAGCUUUCAGAGUGCCUACUGAAGUCUCCUCUACUUAAUUUGCACUACUGUCAUGUUUUCCUCAUCCUCUUUCCUUGCACUGAAAGUCAUUGGAAAGGACUGGCCUUGGGAUAUAGAAAAUAGUUUCAUUUACCAAAGGAAGAAGGUGUCAUCUAGGAUUUCUGGUUUGGAAGUUGGUUAUUUUUCUUUCAUAUUUUAAAAUGCUUAUAUUAUGGAAUGGGCUCCCUAAGGAGAGUUUGGAAAGUGAAGGAAGAUAUGAAAACAAAUGAGUUAUAUAGUUAUACCACAGUGAUAACUACUGUUAAUAUUUUCAUUCAUUUGGUGCUAAUCUUUUUUCAUUUAUGUGUUUAUUUAUACACACACAUAUGUCUUUCUUAAAGUUUCCUUUUUUAUAGAGCAGGGCCCACUGCUUUCUAACAGAUUCGGUUGAAAUAUAUGCUGUAUUAGUUUUUAGUUGCUCUGGGAAAAGAGAGUCAUUCCUCUUUACUACAAAGGCAUUAAACAAUUAUUGGGGAGAAGGGUCAAGAUUACUCAAGAAAAAUUACUGGAAAAAAUGAAGCUCUGGAUAUCUUUUAAGUUCUGUUUCAAAAGUACUAGUACUUUGUAUCAGGUUCUGAUUAAAAACAUUACAAAUUGAAAUAAAAAAUAAUUUUUAAGAAAGGAAACUAGCUUACUUUUGUAUAGAUUCAAAACACACUAAAUCAGCUAGAAAACCACAACUUUUAAGAGUUUAUCAGGUUAAUAAGUAAGUGGCCCUGAAGUCUUUAAUGGUCCAGCUCUUUUACAGACUGAAAAUUUGUUAAGGACCAUGUUAUGGGCCAUCCUAAUGGUCUCAGACUCUUUCUGGAUAUUUAAUAAUAGAUUUGUACAUGACUACUGCUAACUUCUGUGUAAGUCUAUGUUUUUGAUAGCUGCUUUGAAAGUGUACUCUGCCAUGUUUACUUUCACACCUAUAAAAAGAAUGAGCUGAAUCCAUCAACUUGAAUUUCAAUUUAAAAUCAUGAAAGAUAGCAAAGAAAGAGUAUAAGCAAAGUCAACUGACAAAGUAGGAGAAAAAAAAUGCGAUUUAUCCCCAGGUAAAGGGUAAUUACCCCUUUGUCAGAGAGUUCUUAAAUGUUUAAAAACUGAAAUCCAAAAGAAAGGGGGCAAACAUCAUAUAGCCAGGUCACAAAAAAACAAAACAAAACAAAGACAACCCACGAAUAUAUGAAAAUAUACUCAAUGGUGCCAUUUGGGCUAAGCUAGAUCUUCAAUAAAUCUCCAUUAUUUCUUGGUUUUUGAAGAAGUAACUUUUAAAGGAAGACUAGAAAAUUAAAUGCUUGGGGAUUGGCCUGUCUUGGAAUUAAAAUUCCCCAUCACAAGAAAAAAUUGUGUGGUUUUCCUUCCAGAAUCUAGUAGGUCCGUGAACAAUAUGACUGACAAAUAUCUGAUGGCUCUGACUUUUUGAUUUUAAGAAAAAUCAUGAGAUUUUAUUACCCUAUUAUAUCAGUUACCAUGCAAAAUAUUAUAUAUGCUAACUAUGGAUAAAAUGCUUUAUUGCCUCACUUAAGUUGUAUUAUUGAGCAAUUCUGUUAACCUCUGGCCUUGAAUUUCUCAUCAGAGAAUCAGGAGCUGGACCAGUUGAGUCCCUGUUUGUCUUGUUAACAUCCUAAUUUUGUUUGUUUUG